AAAAAUACACAUAUGAAUAGCAUACUACACCAAAUAUCAUACCCAAUCUUUUUAAAUAUUUAUAAUUUAUUAGGGUUUUAUAACGUAUAUAUUUUUACAUUUCAUAAAAAUAAAAAAUUUAACUUUUUUUCAAAACUAAGGAAAUAAUUUAUAAACGUUGGGGGAUGGAGUGAAUAUUUUAUUUAUUUAAAUCUAUAACUUUAUUAUUUUAGAUUCUUCUUUAUUCGGAUUGAGUUGUGCUAUUUAAUACCACAAGUCACAGGUUUUUUGUUUGCCACUUAUAUCACCUCCCUUUCUUGUUAAUCUUUCUCGAUUUUGGCUCCCAGCUUUCACAAACACUUUCAAGGGGAGGCUGAUAAAUGGCGAAUUAUAGUAAUGAAGGUGAACACUAUUUAUCUUCACAAGAAAUAGAUGAGUCUUCAUCUAAUGAUAAGAAAUAUGGAGGACUUGUGCCCAAAAAGAAGCCCUUAAUCUCUAAGGACCAUGAGCGAGCUUUUUUUGAUUCAGCGGAUUGGGCUCUUUGCAAGCAAGGAGCAAUGAACCAAAAAACAACAGUAGCUGUGGAGUCGCUACGUCCUAAAUUGCAGAGAACACCUCACCAACAGCUACCUCCUCGUAGACCAGCUUAUACAUCAGGAUGAAAUUAUGUAAAUUAGGUUCUUCCUAUCCAUGCAGCUUAGUCGCUCACUUCCACGGAACUUAUAAAUAUAAGCGUUUAAACAAUAAUUAAGGCUGCUAGAUUUAUGUUUUCCAAUAUUUUCCUAUAUAUAUAAACAUUGUAUUGAGGAAGAUUUUUCGACAUUAAAGAUAGAUAUCAAUCUUGCAUUUAUAAAAUUUGUAUCAAAUAAUUCCAUAUAAAAAUUGUAUCACAUUGAAAGACUUUUUUAAGAAAGUAGUAUACUAGUAUUAAACAACAAUGUGAAAAAAGCAUGUAAGAGUGUCGGAUACACGGAUAUCAUCUGCAAUGAUCGUAGUUUCAUUAAUUC